ACACACACACACCCUCUCACCCUUGUUGUUGUUGUUGUUGUUGUUGUUGUUGUUGUUGUUGUGUGUCUCGCGACGGCAUGCGACUCCUGUCGGUGGUGGGCACGUUUCUUCUGACAGUGAGUGGUUUCGUACCCGUUCGUGCCCUCCUACCCUUGAUCAAAAGGUCGUGUGGACCCCGGGUGCUACCGGUGACCCGAUUCCACGACAAACCCCCCGACGGACGGGACCAUCGCGUCCAUUACAACACUAGCAACAGCCACCACUCUUGCAGAACUUCACCACACCAUUCCCACCUUUACCACAGCAAUACCGACACCAACCGUACCGACGUUGCCCCGACACGCCGUAUGAAAUCGCUGGCACCUCGACCCCGAUCCGUCGUCUACAUGGCCGUGGCCAUGGCGUUGCACUUUGGAGGCUACGAAUUCCUCCGCAAUUCCUGUCUCGCACUCUUUACCUCCUCCCACGUUGGUUUCCACAACCCCGCAGCCUUUCCCCUCGCCAACGCACUCGUAUCGCCCUUUGCCGUCCUACUGCUCCUCGCCUACAGUCGACAACUCGCUCGCUACGGACCCCGGAUCGCUCUCUGCCGAUCCACCGCCGCAUCGGUGCUAUGGAUCGCUACGGCGGCCACGGCACUCCGAAUCACUCCCUUACUCGGAACCAUCGGAAAACCCAUAGGCCAAGCUCUCAUAUUACUCACGUUUCUCUUCCAAAGCUCCUACCAAUACCUCCUCUACACGCAACACUGGAGUUUCGUCGGAUCCGUACUCACACCGGACGAAGCCUCCCGGUGGUUCCCCGUACUCGCCGGUGCCUCCAGCAUCGUUUGUACCUUGACGGGAUCGGCUAUACCCUAUCUUGUUCCCCGAAUCGGACUUCUCGGUCUCAUGGCUGCCACCGCGUUUACCCUCACCAUUGCGUUAUUCUCGGGUGACCGGGCAUACCAUCUCGCCCAGCGAUACGGCUUUGAUCCUUCCCCACCCAUCCAAGCCAGCACGGCACCAGCUCCCAAUGUACGUCAGUCGCCCAACGAUACCGAACCGACGUCUCUGGCGACCCACGGACGCCUCCAACAAGCCAUCGACCUCUUUCGUCGUGUCCCGACCCUCCGCGCCCUCUUUCUCGAAGUAUUGUCCUUCCAAUCGCUCAAUACUAUUCUACAAAUUGCUCUAGUCCGGACGCUCAAAACAGAAAUUCCCGACGAUGUCGCACGCUCGGCCUACACGGGUCGACUCUACGCCGUCGUCAACGCGUGUUCCGCCCUCUUCCAAUUCGGCGUCUUUCCCUUUGUACUCCGCCGCCUCGAGCCACGGUGGAUUUGGCGCGCCCUCCCGUGGGGCUCCUGGCUCCUCAGCCUCCGCUUGGUGGGGAGGGCCACCUCUUUGACCGGCGUGGCCACCGCCGUGGUCGUUGCCAAAGUCACGGACUACGCCGUCCGGUCGGUCGUCUAUCCCAUGGCCUACCAGCCGUUGGACUACCAUAGUCGUUACGUUGGCAAGGAAGUCAUCGGUGUCUUUGGGUCACGGACUGGCAAAUCCGGCGUCUCGCUCCUGUACGUAGAGAGCGUCUUUGUGUAUAUAUACAUACAUGCAUGCAUGUGUCGUGUACCGAAUUUAUGUUCUCACCAAUGCACUCGUUGGCUUGCCUUGCGGGACAGGUUAUCGUCGUUGACGAUGUUGGGAUGCACCGGACUGCCCCAACUCAAUCAACUGGCCCUCGUUGCCGCGAGUUUGUGGAUGGCCUCGACCGUUUGGUUGAGUCGGUUGAUCCCUACACAGGCCGAUGCCCAGGCCCGGGUCGAGCAACGUCAACAAACGCAAAAAGCGCAACAAGGAGGUCAACCGACCACCGCUGGCCGCAUCAAACUAGAAUAG